AUGGCCUCCCCUUCGACCUCACCCGCACCCCCAGGUGGAAAAUGGAAGAUCGCCAUCAUCGGUCAGUCCCACUCUCGAGGCCUCAGGAGGGGCUCUUUACGGGGAUUCCCCAGCGCCGGCUGAUCGGUUUCGCAAUCUCCCCACUCGAACAGGUUCGGGCAAUUGGGGCAGCGCGAUUGCGAGGCUGAUCGGCAUCAACGUACAGGCCAAGCCCCAUUUGUUUGAGCCCGAGGUCAAGAUGUGGGUCUAUGAGGAGCAGGCAAGUUUAUCUCCGCGCUUAGAGUGGAACCUUAACACCCAUUUACCACGGCCGUCCCAACCACAUCUCCGAGUCCACCGAGGAGCUUUCACGUUGGCGAGCUGCGUGGUCCAUUGCGUGGUCCAUCGUAACUAAUCCUGCUCCGACACUUCCCCAUCCAGUUCAAGGGUCGAUCACUGGUACAACAAUUCAACGAAUCACACGAGAACGUCAAGUACCUGCCCGGUAUCAAGGUCCCGCACUGCGUCGUCGCCGAAGCCGACCUCGUCCGCUCGGUGCAAGGCGCCAACGCGCUCGUCUUUGUCACCCCUCAUGCCUUUGUUCCCGGUAUUUGCAAGCAACUCAGGGGCAAGAUCGACCCCAACUGUCGAGCAUUGUCGCUCGUCAAGGGCGUUGAGGUCUCGGCCGAGAAUAUCUCCAUUUUCGCCCAGGUGAUCGAGGAGCAGCUCGGGAUCCCAUGUGGAGCCCUUUCGGGUGCCAAUAUCGCCGACGAGGUCGCGAGGGAUGCGUUCGGAGAAACGACGAUCGCUUGCAAGGACCAACAAGAGGGUCAAAGGUGGUACGAGGCGUUCCACACCCAGACGUUCCGCGUCCAAAUCACAGAUGACGUUGUUGGCGUCUCGUUGGCCGGAGCGCUCAAGAACGUCGUCGCUAUCGCUGCGGGGGCUUGUGAUGGGUUGGGAUGGGGCAACAAUGCCAAGGCAGCUAUCAUGAGGUGUGUUCAUAAUGUCCGAUCAGAAGAGUUUUGUUGACUGACACCCCGGUUUCGGUGCAGGAUCGGACUUCUCGAAAUGCGAAAAUUCGCUCUCGAAUUCUUCGAUACCGCCCGACCAGAGACCUUCGUUCAUUCGUCAGCCGGGAUAGCCGACUUGAUCACGUCGUGUCUUGGUGGGAGGAAUCGCAAGUGCGGAGAAGCGUUCGUCAAGACUGGCAAGGUGAGCAUCGUAUGGUUCGCUUUCGGGGUGCUCGGGCGAUCAGAAGCCCGAUCGGGACUGAAACAGGGCUGGCUCUUACCUUUAUGGUUUGCAGUCUUUCGAUGUGUUGGAACGAGAGAUGUUGAAUGGACAAAAGCUUCAAGGCGUUCAGACAGCGAAAGAAGUCCAUGGUGAGUUCCUUCAAUGGUACAAUCUUACUUAGUCGAGCUAACGAGUGCACAACUGUUCUUCACAGAAUUUCUCAAGGCGCGGGGGAGAGUUGACAGCUACCCUCUCUUCCACGCUGUGGUGAGUUCUGAUGAGGAUACACACCUCCCCAGCCUUCGGGGAAGCCAAGCUGACUCUGCUUGAGCCAAAUUCUUGAGCUCACAGUACAAUAUCGCAUACGAGGGGCUUCCGCCGGCAAAGUUGACUGCCCGUCUCUGA